AGACCUUCACAGCCUGGUGCAACUCUCACCUGAGGAAAGCUGGCACACAAAUUGAAAAUAUAGAGGAAGAUUUCAGAAAUGGCCUUAAAUUGAUGCUGUUGCUUGAGGUCAUCUCUGGUGAGAGGCUGCCUAAACCCGACAAAGGAAAAAUGCGCUUCCACAAGAUUGCAAAUGUCAAUAAAGCCUUGGACUUCAUCGCCAGCAAAGGAGUGAAACUAGUGUCAAUUGGUGCUGAGGAAAUUGUUGAUGGAAAUUUGAAGAUGACUUUGGGUAUGAUCUGGACAAUUAUUCUGCGUUUUGCAAUUCAAGACAUUUCUGUUGAAGAGACAUCUGCCAAAGAAGGGUUGCUGCUGUGGUGUCAGAGGAAGACUGCCCCCUACAGAAAUGUUAAUGUGCAGAAUUUCCAUAUCAGCUGGAAGGAUGGCCUUGCACUUUGCGCUCUUAUUCAUAGACACAGGCCUGACCUCAUUGAUUACUCCAAGCUCAGAAAGGAUGACCCCAUCGGUAACCUCAACACUGCCUUUGAUGUAGCAGAAAAGUUUCUGGAUAUCCCAAAGAUGUUGGACGCAGAAGAUAUUGUAAACACACCCAAGCCAGAUGAAAAGGCAAUUAUGACUUAUGUGUCCUGCUUCUAUCAUGCCUUUGCUGGAGCUGAGCAGGCUGAGACUGCAGCAAACAGGAUCUGCAAAGUACUUGCUGUGAACCAGGAGAAUGAGAAGUUGAUGGAAGAAUAUGAGAAGUUAGCAAGUGAGCUUCUGGAAUGGAUCCGCCGCACUAUUCCCUGGCUGGAAAACAAAACCCCCGAGAAAAAUAUGACUGCCAUGCAGAAAAAACUGGAGGACUUUAGGGACUACAGAAGGGUACACAAGCCACCCCGUGUUCAGGAGAAAUGCCAGCUGGAGAUAAACUUCAACACUCUGCAAACCAAACUGAGGCUAAGCAACCGCCCUGCAUUCAUGCCAUCUGAGGGCAAGAUGGUGUCCGAUAUUGCCAAUGCUUGGAAAGGUCUGGAGCAAGUAGAGAAGGGUUAUGAAGAGUGGCUUUUACUGGAAAUAAGGAGACUGGAAAGACUGGAACAUCUGGCAGAGAAGUUUAAGCAGAAGGCUUCUCUCCAUGAGUCCUGGACCAGAGGAAAGGAGGAACUGCUGUCCCAGAGAGAUUAUGAAUCAGCUUCUCUAAUGGAAAUCCGUGCCUUGGUACGCAAACACGAAGCAUUUGAAAGUGACCUUGCUGCCCACCAGGACCGUGUAGAACAGAUUGCUGCUAUUGCCCAAGAACUGAAUGAACUCGACUACCAUGAUGCCGCUACUGUUAAUAGCCGUUGUCAGGCAAUCUGUGACCAGUGGGACACUCUGGGUACCCUCACACAAAAGAGAAGAGAUGCUCUAGAGCGUGUGGAGAAGCUGCUGGAAACCAUUGACCAGCUGUACUUGGAGUUUGCUAAAAGAGCUGCUCCAUUCAAUAACUGGAUGGAUGGAGCAAUAGAAGAUCUGCAGGACAUGUUUAUUGUGCACAGCAUUGAAGAGAUCCAGAGCCUGAUCACAGCACAUGAACAGUUCAAGGCCACACUUCCAGAGGCUGACAAAGAGAAGAUGUCAAUUCUGGGCAUCCAGGCUGAGAUUCAGAAAAUUGCCCAGACUUAUGGAAUUAAACUUUCUGGAAUUAACCCAUACACCAACCUUACGCACCUUGAUGUUGCCAAUAAGUGGGAGACAGCAAAACAACUGGUACCCCACAGAGACCAAACCCUACAGGAGGAGCUUGCCCGUCAACAAGCUAAUGAACGCUUGCGUCGCCAAUUUGCAGCACAAGCUAAUGUUAUUGGACCCUGGAUCCAGACCAAGAUGGAGGAGAUUGGUCGCAUAUCUAUAGACAUUAGCAGUUCCUUGGAAGACCAGAUGAAUCAUCUUAAGCAAUAUGAGCAGAAUAUCAUCAACUAUAAGUCCAACAUUGAUAAACUGGAGGGAGACCAUCAACUCAUCCAAGAGUCUCUUAUCUUUGAUAACAAACACACAAGUUACAGUAUGGAGCACAUCCGUGUUGGAUGGGAGCAACUCCUCACUACAAUUGCUAGGACCAUCAAUGAAGUUGAGAACCAGAUCCUGACCCGUGAUGCUAAAGGCAUUAGCCAAGAACAGAUGAAUGAGUUCCGUGCAUCAUUCAACCACUUUGACAGGAAGAGGAAUGGCAUGAUGGAUCCUGAUGACUUCCGUGCUUGCCUUAUUUCUAUGGGCUAUGAUCUGGGUGAAGUUGAGUUUGCCCGCAUCAUGACUUUGGUGGAUCCUAACAACACAGGAGUUGUAACCUUCCAGGCCUUCAUUGACUUCAUGACUCGUGAGACAGCUGAAACUGACACUGCUGAGCAAGUCAUGGCUUCAUUUAAGAUUUUGGCAUCAGACAAGAACUACAUCACCAUUGAAGAGCUGCGCAGAGAACUGCCUCCAGAACAAGCAGAAUACUGCAUCAGCCGUAUGACAAAAUACAUAGGUGCAGAUGGUAUCACAGGAGCUCUGGAUUAUAUCUCCUUCUCCAGUGCUCUCUACGGAGAGAGUGAUCUGUAA